UUGAGAUUCAAUAAAAUUGAAGUGCAGUUCAAAUUUGAGUAGUCAAUUGCUUCUUUGAAUUUGACAUCUUUGUCGAUUAAAUUUAUUUAACUGUCAAAUUAAUUGCUACGACUAAUCAGUAAUUUUCAAAUCGCCGGUUCCGAAAGGAUUAUGGAUAAUCACAGUCAGUCGCUGUCCAAUUCGAGCUGGGAAAACCCGUUUGGUCUCAGUGGAAGUAUUGGUCCUUGUAAUUUAGAAAGUAGCGAACAAUUUGUUGGAGAAGAAUUAAAGGCUUUUUUUGACAAAGAAGAAAAAAUGUAUCAAUCAGCUUCAUCUGUCAAGUCAGAUCAAAGUCACCAAACAGAGAAAAGCAAUGCAAUGGUUUCAGGAAUAACACUAAGGUCAUUCAUGGUCGACAGUGGUGAUAGUGAUCUCAUUCAUCAGAAACUUACCAUGAGUCAAUAUUUGGCAUACAAAUCAGAGCCUAUGGGUCCAGAGUUGGGAGAUUCUGCGUCAUUUAGAGAACGACCUUAUUUCAGUUUUCAAGAGAAGAGUCUUCAGUCAUCAAGCAGUGAAAAAAGUGAACCAGGCAUAGUAGAGUUUAAUCCAGACUUUAGCCAAGAGCCUUCAUGGAUGAAAAAGAAAUCUUUGAGUUCUCUCUCCAGUUCUGAAAAUCUAGAAUUGCCAUCCAAGAGUCCUGAUAGCAGUGAAAACUGGUUGAUUGGCAAUAACAAGUCCGUAAGCCAAAUAGGCAGUUUGGUAGAUAACAAUGAAAAAUCGAGUGUGAGCCUUCGUGAGAAAGAACCCAGUAUUCAACAUGUCGAGGAAAAAAAUGUCACACCAGUCGAAUUUAAACAACCUGCCCCCUGUUUGACACUGCAAGAAAUUGGAGAAACCAGUGAACUUCCUUCUCUUUAUUGGAAACCACAAGACGAAUCACAUAUCGAUGUGGGGCAGUCUCAUAUUGAAUCAGUGCUCGAUCCCGGAGCAAUAAGCCAUUUUAGUUCUUAUGUUGCUGGACACGUUGAAUCGCUGUCGCUGGGAUCCGAUAGCAGUCGACGACCAAGUGAAAUUGCCGCAUCCAGUCAGAGUUCUUCGUCGCCAGCUAGUACGAUCCGGGAGAACACCGAUUUCCCUCGGUGUGAUUCGCUGAUUUCAGAACCACAGUUGAGUUCAACCCGUGAAAUUACUGACGAUUUCAUAGAUCAAAGCUCGUGUGAAAGGCGCGUGCAUUUCUUGCCGGAUCCCCAACGUGCAGAAAUUAGUCACAUAUCAAUGCCGGCACAAAACCUGCAACUGGGAUCGCUUCUAGAAGUAUCUUGCAAACCCAAUCUGUGUUCCACGGCAAUGACACCUGCAGCUAAAGCGUCCGAACAUGUGAUGCGCAUUCUGGCAAAUCUAAGUCAACAUAGAAACAUCACCUGUGAGCACGAGCCAGAGGUUCAGUCAGUGACUUCUCGAGUGAACAAAGCUUCUAAUGUAGAAACAACAUCACGAAAUUUGGAUCUGGAAUGGGAACGAAUUGAACGCGAAUUGACACUACAUGAAGCAAAUGGAUUCAGCCCAGAAUCCUGGUUAGCUGUAUUUUCCGACACUUCUUUGCUGUCAACACCAUUGCUGAUGAACAAAAUCAAGGAGCACGUUCUUCGCCUAAAUGGUCGUGGCAUGAGCUCAGGACUUUUACCUUCGGAAUCGAGCGGCAUCGGCGGAAGUGGUUUUGAAAUAACCGAAAGUCGAGCUGAUAGCGCUUACGGACUUCCCUCGUCUAACAAAAGCACCAACAACUUUGCUCGUCGAUCCUUACUCAACAAUAAUGAUAUUUCUUCUAGAACUUCGUCUGGGAAAUUUAAUCCGACAGAAUUGAAUCAGCAACCCGUGUUCCCUCUUCCUGUACCUCCAACACCUGCUGAUAUCGAUGGGAAACUUAUGAAGAAUCGACACACAUUGGCUGCUGUACCCACACGUAGCUCCGUGAAUCGUGAACCUCAGACUCCCGUUGAAAAAAUAAGCGAAUUCAACGACAAAGAUUUCUGUCGCAUCACAUCGACAGUUAUCAAGAAGAAUGCUACCCCCGAUGUCCCAAAAUCUUCUGUUGGCGUCGCUCAGGUCAAAACGAAUUUAAUCGAAUCAGCCCAUUCCCUUCAUGAGCCGUUAGUCAAAGUGAAUAAAUCGCAAGUUUAUUUUGGAGGGGCCAGAGUUCGACUCACUCAGAUCCAAAAUGUUGUUGUCCUUAAUUCGUCCUUCAAACAGGGAUUAGAGCUCGAUUUGCGUAUCAAGGAUUCAGACGAUUUUCAUAUGCUGGAUGAAAAUCGUAGUUUGGUGUCCCGUCGUAAACUCCAAUUAGAACCUCGUCAAGAGUGUUGCCUUGAUCUUGUGUUUCAACCGAAUAGUCUUGGCCCACUAACCACGAAGCUAAAUCUUUAUCCACGUUGCGAAUCGGCCAAAAAAAUGAAGUAUACUGUAGAUCUCUUCGGAUACGGCGGAUCAAGCCACAUUCGACGAUUGGCAGAUAAUACUGCUGAACCAGAAAAUACACUAGUGCCUAAAUCCAAGGGAUCUGUCUGGAACUGCCAACUUGUCUUGGAAAAUCGGGGAAAUGUUGCAGGAUUCGCUUUCAUUCAACCGUUGCAAGAAAACGGGAAAGUUCUAGACCCUUAUCAAUGCAUUGUCAUGCCCCAGUGUUGCUCUGUGGGUGUCGGAGACAUUAAAAGCAUGCAAAUUUUUAUUCAUCCGUCAGAAAAUAGGAAGGUAACCUCGUUUAAAUUACGACUCGUGUGGGGCGACGAGCCACUGCGUGCUCGCUGGAUUAGAUGCAUCGCCGAUGGAGCUCCCGUGAUCCCUACUACUGAGAUCAAUGAAAUCGACUGGACUAGAUUGUUACAGCUGGAGGCCAACGACAACCCCUUGAAACCUGCUGUCUGUGAAGGGGAUAUGGCAUUGUUCUUUAACAAUGCAACGGCGGAGGAGAUCAAUGUAAUUAUCCCAGAACACGAGAAAGACUCACGUUUUGUAACACUAGCCGCAGAGCCUGCCACGGUCCUUGAACCAUCGAUUCUAAGCGACGCAAAGCUCCCGCAGCAUGUCCCGCAGAGACGUCAAACUACUGCUGCCAGUGGGAAAUGCCCAUCUGACGUGGUUGUCUCUGCAGCCGUUACUGAGGUGGCGUUUCCUUCCACCAAAGUUGGAGCCGUAUCCUCACAAAAGAUUCCGCUUCAGAAUUGGAGUGGAGACAAACAAGAGGUUCGAGUGAAGACCAUCAGUGGGCCUUUUGUCAUGAACCAUGCUCGCAACGCAGUCCCAAGAGGUUACUUCACUCGUUUACCCAUAGAGUUCCAUCCAACAACAAGCGGUUCGCACUCUGGGCGCGUUGUAUUGGAUGUUGGACAGAAUGGGCAAACUUUAACAGUUGCACUCAAGGGGGACGCCUACUAAAAUUGUAUGAUGUGUUUAAUUAUCUUCCGUUAUUCCUUUUUAUAUUAAUAAUGCAUUUCUUAAGCUUUUUCUUUUACUUCGCAAUUAAAAAUGGCAAUUCACGCUCUUUUUGGCCCAUGAUCGAGGUCAAUAAACUUAUUCUGUAAUAAG